GCCUCUGGGCGCGAGCAGAGUGCCGGGACUAGCGGGAGAGUCUCAGAGGGGCUGCUUUGUCCUCCAUGCGAGCAGCCUGUCUACAUGCAUGCAUGCCAGGCAGGCAGGCAGCCCACCGGUGAAGCGCUGGCGAGGAGAGGCGGCAGGCAAACAGUACUCAAGGGCCGCAAGUGGCAAGAUGGAGUCUCUCCCGGCCUUUCUGGGGAGCCUGCGGCAUUCUGUGAGGUCCUCUUUUGUUGCUGGCAGCCUCAGCCAUUUCCAGCUCCGGCGGCGUCUUGCCACGUGGGGGAAGCCACUGCCCCCCGAGAACGAGCCCUCCAGCAAGGCUGGGCGCAAAACAGUUCCUCCCCCACCGCUCGGCUGUGGGCUUGGACCAGCCAAAGACGAGACGGCCGGCUGCCUGCGUGUGCAGCCACGAGAGAUUCGCCGAAGCGGCAAGGAGAUCCCGCGUCGGAACGAGCCCUGGCGGAACCGCCACGCAGCCGUGGAGCCCUCCCACGAGGAGGAACUCAGGAACUUGAGGAACGAUGACUUCCCCCAACUGAAGGCCGGAUCCCGGCAGCCCCGGCCUCCCCCCGUGGAAAGGACCCGAGGCUGCGAGGUCUUGUUUGGGGCGGCCCCCUGCUCCUUGGCGCUGGCCAGGGCCAAAAGGAGCUUUGGCAGGCUGUUUCUCAAGGCCCGCCGCAACAGCCCGCCACCCGCCGUGGAAGGAUUCGCCCGGCGGGCCGCGGAGCUGGGGAUUCCCGUGCAGCAGGUCCACAGGAAGGUGCUGGAUGCCCUUUGCAAGGGUGGGGUCCACCAAGGGGUGUGCCUGGAGGCCACGGCCCUCCACCCGACAGACUGGCGGGAGAGGCCCGCCCCGGAGGCCGAGGAGACUGCUGCUUACCGGGGGUCGCAGCUCCUCUGGCUGGCCCUGGAGGGGAUACAAGACCCCAUGAACUUGGGGGCCGUUCUGCGCUCUGCGCACUUCUUGGGGGUCCACGGGAUCGUGAUGAGCCAGAGGAACAGCUGCUCCCUGACGCCCGUGGUCAGCAAAGCCAGCUCGGGAGCCUUGGAAGUUCUGGACGUCUUCAGCACCGGCGAUCUCCCGGGCCUGCUCCAGGAAAAAUCCGAUCAAGGCUGGGAAGUCCUGGGGACAGCCGGCCCCGCGAAGGCCCAGGGCGACCCCCCCUUGGUGAGCUGCUUAGAUUUCCGCUGGACGAGACCCACCAUCUUGUUACUUGGAAAUGAAGGAGUUGGGCUGUCUCCCGAGACCCGGCGCUGGUGCCAGAAAAUGCUGACCAUCUCCCCCGGAAGAGAACUGCCCCCUGGGAUCGAAUCGCUGAAUGUGUCGGUGGCUGCUGGGAUCCUUUUGCACGCCAUCUGCAGCCAAAAAGUGACCGCGCUGUGAAGUUUUCAUUUCUACGGGACGGCGGGGGAAGGAAAGAACCAGCUUGCCUGGGAACCGAAAAGACAUUCCCGAGAAGAGGCGGGGCUUCCUUUGGCCCGCAGGAGGACUUCCUGGCCGUGGGCCAGGCCUGGUCACUUGGGCGGGCGCCAGGACAUGCUUCUGGGUUGCCUGCCAGAGGGCCCCUGCUUUCUCUGCCUGCUAAGUGACACUUUGGCGAUGAAGCUUCACCCGCGAAAGGAGCUGCAGGGGGCUCCUUCCUGGCGGAAAUGGGCCCCAGAAAUCUUCUCGGGGCGGGGGGAGCAGGGCCAGGCGGUGGUUGGGGACACGGAGGUAAGGUUGACGAGAAGCGAAGCAGAGGUUCCUGCAAGAGGUUGCCACCAUCCCAGGGACUGAACCCUAACCUCACCAAGAGAUGGGGAUUUAAAAACCCAACACCCAAGCUGCAUCCAACGCUUGCUUUUCUUCUUGGCAUCCAGAACUGUCUCUCUGUCUGGGAUGGGCGUGCGCCUCUUUGGCGUCCCAUUCAAGGAGCCAGUUCGACUGCGGGGGUGGGGGUGGCUUGAAGGUGCAGGGGGGGGGGUUUCUUCCCUCCCCCGCCGCGCUUUCCCCCUCCGGGGGCUGCUUUAAGGAAUGCUGGCGCAGGGCGGCUGUAUACCCUCUUGCCGCCCCAGUCAGCGUGAAACCGGAAGUGACGGGCAUCCCGAAAGAUCAGGACCGGGUGGCAGCAUUUAAAGCUGGCUCAAGGUUGGCUGGUGGUUUCCGAGAGAAAUGGGAAUGCAGUCUGGGUACUGUGUGCCCACGCCUCGGUGCAGGGUGCCACCCUCUCUGUGGCAACCCUGGAUUUAAUAAACGUGACUCUCUUGCUGGA